AUGUCCUUGGCUCUCGGCUACAAUGGAUGGUUGUUGUUAAAUUUUAGACUGGCAGCACUUCGGGAAUCCCAGCAAGUGGCUUUCAGUAGCGAGAUCCUGGACACUCUGCCAAAAUUGUACACCAACCGAGAAGAACAGGGUCAUCUAGUACAACCCCCACCACCCAAGCAGGAGACCCUACACCAUUUCUUAACUCUCCUCUCUGGCUUUUCUCUCGGCAGGUUCCGUGUCCUGGCCCGGAGCAUGUCCGCCUUCCUGCUGGUUCAGGUUCCAGUAGAGAAUCAAAUCCGGUUGAGAUCUGGGGUGGAAUUGCAAUUGUCUGCUAAAGCUCAACAGGCUCUCAAUGCUUUGGACUCUCUGGCGUCAAACAAACAAUAUGCGGAAUACCAAGGGCAGAUCCUCCAAGCAUCGCAGUUCAUCAGAGACUCUCACCAUUGCCUUCACCACGGGACUCAGCUUCUGGCUAUCCUCCUCAACACUUUGUACGCGGAAGUGCGCUACUUGGACGCGAUACGAUAACAGGAAGCAAGCCGGAAGGUGGUUGCUUCUUGCUCUAAUCAUGGAUUAUGUUCAGUUUACAGUCGGAGAUCGUGUUGCACAAGGGAUUGGCAUUCCCAGGAUUCUGCUGGUCGUCGGAGACGAAAGGACGAACGGAGAAAGGGAGGGAAAAUUUGAGUUCCCAUUGCCGUACUUUGAAAGCGAUUGGGAAGCCCUUGGCUUCCUGCCAAAAGGCCAACCGCGGCCGUUUCCUUGGGGUCUGUUCAGGAGAGCCCCUUGUGGUGCCUCAAGGAAGUUAGCUUUGUUUAAAGGCCAUUUCUCACCGUUAUCUAUUUGACUGCCUUUUUGUUCACCCUUUUUCACACUUUGCUCUUGUGCCAUCAUCGUCUCCGUUGUCGUUAUCUUCUUCUUCUUUUUGAAUGUGGAACUUGUGGCCCCGUUUCCAUCUCAAAAUGCUGGAUGGUCCUUUGGUUUCCUGCUCUCCUUAAUUUUUUCUCCCUUCUUUCCCCGGAAGUGAAUGCUUGCCCCAAUUGGGAUGUUAAAAAAUAGAUCCCGUCUGCGAAUUAAACCGGAGACUGGUUUUGUUGUUGUUGUUACCCUGUCUACAAUGCUGUAUUUAUUGGUGGAAGGAUAUUAAGAAGGGAGACACUCCCGUGAAGUUUGCACAAUUGAGCCUACUUGGAAUAAAUCACUUGUUUUCCCGAUGACUCACUUGCCCUAAAAUAACAGCGAGCCGCAAUAUUUGGAAGAGCGUAGAGAACGUAUAAUUGGAUUAAUUACAAGG